AUGGCAAAGAAAAACGUUAGAAACGUUAUUAAAAAAUUGGAAUCGUCCAGUGUGUUGAUCAAUCCAUCGAAUCCAGCCGAAUACAAAGCGCCAAGUGCUUUCAUUCAAACAGAAGCGAACAAGGAUCCAGAACUCAUACCGCACUGCUUCAGCUCGUUUUGCUAUUUGGGCCUGUUCGUGUGGCUUUUGUUGGAUAGAAACUACAAUUUGUUAAUUGAUCGCAACUCAAUGAUCAUUAUUGUUACAUGUUACACAAUUGAAUUCGCUAAAUUUGCCUGCCAUUCUUAUCUAGUCAGUAGAACAACAAAUCAAAUCAAGCCAAAAGGCAAUCCUAUAUUCUGGGCACUACAGUUUAUAGUUUCCACUGUGCUAGCAGUGGGUGUAUCAUAUUUAUUUUCAAUUCUCUUCGGCGCACCAUUGACUACUAAACAAGAACAAACUUUUGUAUUUUCUGUACUCGCAACAGCACUCAUAAUUACACCCACUGCCAUUCAAUUAGGAUCAAAUAUAUUGCCAUUACUAUUAACUGAUUGUUUUGAAACAGAAUUCGAUAGCACUGUUGAAGUAUUUGAAAAGAACAAUUUUCGAGCAACAAUUUUAGGAGGGUUCAUUGGUGCAGCAGUAAUACCAUUUGAUUGGGAAACUGAAUGGCAACGAUGGCCAAUUCCAUGUUCAGUUGGAUUAAUAGCUGGACAUUUAUUAGCUAAUGUUUACGAAAUAAUAUGUUGGCAGUUUAAAACAUUGAAAAAAUAUUCUGUUAAAAAAAAUAAAUUUUGA